AUGGCAGGCAGUGAGUUGCAGAAACACAAGGCGUGGACUCACGGUACUGAUGAACCUGAGGAAGAUCUCACAGCAAGUGUAAGCAUCCCUUUAUCACAGGCACAUAGGUUGUCAGCAGUGGCUUCCACUAUUAUUCCCUACCAGCUUUCGUUUUCUGAUUUUAGCUACAUUCAGUAUGAAGGAGAUUCCUAUGUGGAAUUUGAUGGCUUUCAGUUACAUCCACAAAACAACAUCCAUUUAGAAUUCCAUACCACUGGCCUCCAUGGAGUUAUUUUCUAUAUUGAGCAGAAUCCAACAACCAUUGGACAAAGCUUUAUUCAACUUUCUGUCAAGAAUGGAAUCUUACAGUACCAGUUUGCAUGUAACAGUGGAGGAGAAGCUAGAAAUGUCAGCACCGAUGUUCGAGUGAAUAACGGAAUGAAAUACAGGGUGCACAUUUGGUGAGUUGUAUUUUUCUAUACAUGGUAUUUAAAUCUGUCU